CCAGACUGGAACACCUCUUCCCUGACUGAAACCCUGGAUGAUUAUAAACAGGAACUCACAAAAAACCGGACACUUGGACGUAAAGGAAGACAUUUUUUUGGGGUGAAUAAGUCGCCAGUGGCUGCAUUAAAGUGCUGUAUUGGAGUGUUUGAGAGGAAGUGAUUUCGCAGAGGAUUUGGCAUGCUGGGUCCCCGCGCGCUCCGCUCCUUGCUGUGCGUGCUGAGCUGCGCGUGGCUGCGCACCGGAGCCUCGCGCCUGAAGUCUCCGGCUCUGCCCAUCCAGUCCGAGAGGGAGCCGCUGCCCUCCAAAGGCCUGGCCGGAUGCUCGUUCGGAGGUCGCUAUUAUUCUCUGGAGGACACAUGGCACCCAGACCUGGGCGAGCCCUUCGGAGUCAUGCACUGUGUUCAGUGUUACUGCGAAACUCAAAAGGGCCGUCGUGGGAAGGUGUUUGGGAAAGUGAACUGUAAGAACAUCAAACAGGACUGUCCCGAGCUGGACUGCCCUGACCCGGUGCUGCUGCCCGGACACUGCUGCAAGACCUGCGCCAUAGGAGACUUUGACAGGACACAGACGUACUCGGUGCUCGACAGCUUCGAGUAUUUCGACAAGAAGGGCCGAGAUAAAGACGACGACCUCCACAAGUCUUACAACGACAGAUCCUACCUGAGCUCUGAGGAGCUGGGCCCCGGGGAGAGCCGCACCGACUUUGUGGCCGUGCUGACAGGAUCCUCUGACUCGUGGCUGCCCAGCUCUAACGGAGUCGCUCGAGCUCGUUUCUCUCUGACCAGAACCAGCCUGGCCUUCUCCAUCACAUACCAGAGAAUGAGUCGGCCCAGUAAAAUCGUCUUCUUGGAUUCAGACGGGACGACGGCGUUCGAGUACAAAGUCCCUAAAGGACAGUUAGACAUGAUCUGUGGAGUGUGGAAGAACCUGGGGAAGCCUCUGAUCCGUCAGCUGCAGACGGAGCAGAUGAGGAUCGUUAUGAGCUCAGCGAGUGGCGGACAGGACGAGGUGGAGGGGAAGAUCAUCAAACACAGAGCUCUGUUCGCUGAGACGUUCAGUUCCACGCUGACGUCGGAGGAGGAACAUUCGGGGAUGGGAGGAUUGGCCAUGUUGACGCUGAGCGACACCGAGAACAACCUGCACUUCAUCCUCAUCCUGCAGGGACUGAUCAAACACAAAGACACAGAGCCCGUGUUGGUGCCGAUCCGAGUCCAGCUGGUGUAUCGGCAGCACGUCCUGAGAGAGAUCCGAGCCAACAUCACCUCUCACGAUCCGGACUUCGCCGAGGUUCUGACGGAGCUCAACAGCCGGGAACUCUUCUGGUUGUCUCGAGGUCAGCUGGAGAUCACCGUGGCCACCGAGGGUCUGGAGCCCCGACAAAUCUCCGGAUUCAUCACCGGCAGGAAGUCAUGUGACACUAUUCAGAGCGUGAUGUCCAGCGGUGACGCUCUGACGCCGGGGAAGACGGGCGGCGUGGGGUCGGCCAUCUUUAACCUCCAUGAUAACGGCACGCUGGACUACCAGGUUCAGGUGGCAGGACUCUCCUCUGAGUUCCUGGGUCUCACCAUCGAGCUGAAGCCCCGACGGAGGAACAAGCGCUCGGUUCUGUACGACCUGACUCCAGAAUACAACCUGACGUCGGGCCGGGCGCAGGGCAGCUGGAGCCGACUGGAGGCCAGGCACAUCCACAUGCUGCUGCAGAACGAGCUGUUCAUCAACGUGGCCACCAAGCACAGCCAGGAGGGGGAGGUCAGGGGUCAGAUCAGAGCUCUGCUGUACAGCGGACUGGAGGCGCCUAGACACGAGCUCCCCACCCCUCUGGCGGGUCACUUUGUCUCCCCCCCGGUGAGGACGGGGGCUUCGGGCCACGCCUGGGUGUCAGUGGACCGUCAGUGCCACCUUCACUAUGAGAUCGUGGUGACGGGGCUCAGCCGGACGGACGACCUGUCGCUGAACGCUCACCUGCACGGCCUCGCUGAGAUCGGAGAGCUGGACGAGAGCAGCGCCACGCACAAGAGGCUGCUCACCGGAUUCUACGGCUCACAGGCUCAGGGUGUUCUGAAGGACAUCAGCGUGGAGCUGCUGCAGCAUCUGGACCAGGGCAGCGCCUUCAUCCAGGUCAGCACCAAGACCAACCCCCGAGGGGAGAUACGAGGACGGGUCCACGUGCAGAAUAACUGUGAGUUUGGGACCCGGGGGGAGGUGGAGGACUCUGAGUUUGACGACCUGUUUAUGAAAGACCCCGAGGAGCUGAAGAAAGACCCUCACACCUGCUUCUUUGAGAACCAGCACCAGGCCCACGGCUCCCGAUGGACCCCAAACUACGACCGGUGCUUCUCCUGCAGCUGCCAGAAGCGAACUGUAAUCUGUGACCCCGUCAUCUGCCUGGUGCUGACCUGCUCCAAAACCCUCCAGCCCGAGGACCAGUGCUGCCCAAUCUGUGACGAGAGCAAAGAGCCCGGAGACAUGAAGGGUCCUGAGACGGUGGAGGAGCAUCCUGAGGGUUGCUACUUUGAAGGAGACCAGAAGAUGCACGCUCCAGGAACAACAUGGCAUCCCUUCGUGCCGCCCUUUGGAUAUAUUAAAUGUGCCGUGUGCACUUGCAAGGGCUCUUCUGGAGAGGUGCACUGUGAGAAGGUGACGUGUCCGGUGCUCAGCUGCUCCCACCCUGUGAGGAGGAACCCCUCGGACUGCUGUAAGGAGUGUCCUGAGGAGGAGAGCACCCCCCCAGGAGGAGAGGGGCUGGAGCACAGCGACAUGAUGCAGGCCGACGGACCCCGGCACUGCAAGUUCGGGAAGAGCUUCUACCAGAACAGCGACAACUGGCACCCCUGGGUGCCUCUGGUGGGGGAGAUGAAGUGCAUCAACUGCUGGUGUGACCACGGAGUGACUAAGUGUCAGAGGAAGCAGUGUCCCGCUCUGAGCUGCACCAACUUCAGCCGCAAGGAGGGGGUCUGCUGUCCUGAGUGCCUGGACUCCAAAGAGGAAGAAGUCCUGAUGACAAAAGCUCCGGACAAAAGGCGAAACUGGAGACACUGAAUCUGUGAGGAGACUCCAAAACAACUCCUAUCCAUUUAAAACCCAUCCCAUCAAUCCCACUGAUGGACCUGAACCCAGAACUGCACACUGGGACCCCCCCCCCCCCACCCCUCACCCACCCUGUUAUCAGCUUCAGGAUUGUAACGAACAGAAAAUAGCAGAGAUAAUAAUAUUAAAAAAGACUCUUUAAAUGAAGAUGAAGCUACGAAGAGGAGCAACCAGACUUUACACACCUUUCCUGCCUUGCAUUUUUGCUCAGUUUUUUUUAAUCAAAGGACAAAUACACAGAAGUGAAACCCAGCUGGGUUUUUUCGGGGGUCUAACUUCGGUCGGAUUGUGUAUUUCAUCGACAGGGCUUCUCUUCGAAGUUCAGCCAUAAAGCCUCUCACUGGAGAGAGAGGAUACGUGUUGCUUAAAUAUGUGUGUGUGUGUGUGUGUGUGUGUGUGUGUGUGUGUGUGUGUGUGUGUGUGUGUGUGUGUGUGUGUG